UGGCUAUUCAUCAUUGCUAAUAACGACUGGUUAGAGAGUGGCCAUGAUAUUAAUUUGCUUCGGUUGGAACAUUCACAGUGAAAGAAAAGGCAACCUUGUGUUCUUCCCAGGCGUUCCACAGCUAGAUGCAUACAGGAUAUGAAGUACUGCUUGGGUGCCUCGUCGCGGUGGUGAUCAUUGGGUUUGUUGCCAUUUACUGCCACAUCAGGAGAAGAACACGCAAGAUCAAAUCGUCAAAAAGGGAUAUUGAGGUUGGUACAGCGUCUGUUGAGUAUGAGGAGGUUACCUGCAAGCAGAUGUCAGUUAAAGAGAUAUACGCUGCAACUGAAAACUUACACCUUUCAAACAUCAUUGGGCAGGGAAUUGCAGGGAAAGUGUACAAAGGAAUGCUUGCAAAUGGCUGGCCUGUUGCCGUGAAGCACAUAAUUAAGAAUGAACAUGCAGAAACCUUCGUAAGGGAAGUUACAAGCCUCUCACAUGUCAAGCAUCCAAACCUUGUGUCAUUAAGAGGUUACUGUGAUGGGCAGGAAGAGUGUUUUCUUGUGUAUGAGCUAUGCGUCAAUGGUAACCUAUCAGAAUGGCUAUUUGGGAAGGAUAAGAGCCUGUCAUGGACUCAGAGGCUUCAGAUCGCACUUGGCAGUGCUUGCGGCCUUUGGUUCCUUCACAUAUUCCCUGAGGGCUGCAUUGUUCACCGAGACAUCAAGCCAACAAAUAUACUUCUUGGGGUUGAUAUGGAGCCCAAGCUCGCAGACUUUGGACUGUCAAGAGUCAUCGACAUAGGCGUAUCCCACGUGAGCUCUGAAGUUAGAGGAACUUUUGGCUACGUCGACCCAGAGUACCGCCACAACCACAGGGUGAAUGCUGCAGGGGAUGUAUACAGCUUUGGUAUGGUGCUCCUGCAGCUCCUGUCAGGAGAGCGAGCAAUCAAUAUCAUGAACACUGCCAAGCCAAUGUCACUGGACAAAAUGGCUUCUAUGCUCAUCAGAGAGGGAAAUGUGUUGGAAUUUGCCGAUCCUAGGCUCAAGGGCGAAUACUCGGUAGACGCAUUCAAUCUCUGCCUGAAGCUUGCUCUGUCAUGCACCGGCCACAAGCAGCAGCGACCAUCCAUGGAGCAAGUAGUGUCAAGGCUGGAGAAGGCUCUAGAGAUCUCCAUGAGAGACGAUGAUAAGCGCAACAACAUCAGUAUGGUCGAGUCCUUUGCAUAGUUUUUUUUAGAGGGAAGAGAGUCCCCCCUGUAGCUACUAUGCAAGUCUUAAUGUUCCCAUGACCAUGUUUAAGCACUGUGCUGUGCUGAGGUGAAAACAAUCUGAUGCAGUGGUGAAUGAUUUACACUAGAA